AUUGAUUGAUUGAUUGAUUGAUUGAUUGAUUGAUUGAUUGAUUGAUUGAUUGAUUGAUUGAUUGAUUGAUUGAUUGGUGCCCUCGCGAACUUUGUCCCCCGUCCUCCAGAUGGCGCACUCGCUGACGCCGAUCCCGCCGCCGCGGCCCGACUAUCCGUGGCGGCCGCCAGUUUACGACGAGAGCGCCCUCUGCCCCUGGGGAGCGGCACCAAACGGCCCUCCUCCCGUCAAGCGACCCUGCUACGCAUCAAUUCGGCGAGGCCCCACUAGGUUGCCGGAAGUAUACGCCAGCGUUCUACCACCUGCUUUCUGGGAGGAUGGCCAUCAGCGAGCCGUCGCUUCUCAGCUCCGAGAUGCGUGGUGCAAGGCGUGCCAGGCGCGCCUGUGGAAACUGAAGAAGACGUGCCUGGGCCUGAUGACUCAAAUACGAGAGGAAAUCGUCCAGGGCCGCUUGUCCACGGGGGACGAAACCGUGUCCUCCCUGGUGGCCUCGAGGCUGGCCCGGCUCGACUACCACUCCCCUCUGGUGGAGGGUUGCUGCGACCUCUGCCACUCGCACGGCAACCAGCUGCGCCGCGAGGCCCUGGACAUGGUCCAGUCGCUCGAGCACUGGUGCCCCGCCACGGGCAUACCUCUGCACCAGCGGCCCGCGUCUCCACCCCGAGUUAUGCGUCGACUGGCCGAGAACUGUUCUCCGGCCGGCCGAAGGGCACCGACACCGUGGUGA